GAAAUUUAUGGCCUUAUGAUUCUUUUAUUGACCUGUGAUCAAAAUAAAAAGGAAGACUUUUUUUUGGAGUACUCUUUCAAAACUGUGAAUGUUAGAUUUCCUUUUUCAUCCUUUAUAAAGGUAGAAUAAUUCCUUUGUUUCGGCUGAACUGAAACCAGGAGGAGAGAGAAAGAACGAGGAGAGAGAGAGACAGAAAAUAGAAACUAUACUUUAAAAUUGGGUCUCAGUAGUCGAAGAUUUUUAAGCCUGAAAUAGCAGCUUUCAGUCUAACAUCAUCUUAAAAGUUGAAAACUUUAUUAAAAUAAGAACAUCCAUUAUCUUUUUUUAAAUCUGACCGCCCUUUUAUUAAUUUUUGCUUAUAUUUCUCAGAAGAUAAGCAUUUUGUGGAACUCUUCAACUGCUUCUUUUGCCUUUUCAUUCUGCAGUUGAUUGUUAGAUUUGGAGUGUUAAUGAUACUUUGAGGUACAUAAAUUGAAGUUGAAACCCUUGCCAGUCUUAUGCAUGUCUGACAUUGUGGCAAUCGCCGAAAAUGGGGGAGGAAUGGUAUUGGGUCCAAUGAGAACUCAGUCUCUUGACAUAUUUGCUUCAAGUGUAAAACAAAACAAUCCUGCUGCAUCAAAUGGGGAAAUUUCUCGCACUUCUUCCAUGGCCUCUGGUUUUCGGGUGGGAGAGAUCGUACUACCAAAUGGGGAAUCUUAUUCAGGGUCUAUGCUUGGAAACUUGCCCGAGGGUUCUGGGAAGUAUGUCUGGUCAGAUGGUUGUGUCUAUGAAGGUGAGUGGAGAAGGGGGAUGAGACAAGGGUGUGGCAAGCUUAGCUUCCCUUCUGGAGCAGUUUAUGAGGGUGAGUUUUCAGGAGGUUAUAUGCAUGGCCAAGGAACAUAUAUAUGCCCAGGACAUAUGACAUAUAAGGGUCGCUGGAGACUGAAUGUUAAACAUGGACUGGGAUACCAAGUUUAUGCCAACAGGGAUGUCUUUGAGGGCUCUUGGAUGCAGGCGUCGCCAGAAGGACCUGGAAAAUACACAUGGGCUAAUGGGAAUGUUUACUUGGGAAAUAUGAAAGGAGGAUUUAUGUCUGGAAAAGGUAGCCUUACUUGGACUAAUGGAGAUAUGUUUGAAGGUAGUUGGUUGAACGGAAUGAUGCACGGUGUUGGAGUAUAUACAUGGAGCGAUGGUGGUUGUUAUGUGGGAACUUGGACACGUGGAUUAAAAGAUGGGAAGGGUGCAUAUUAUCCGAAAGGUACCAAACUUCCAGCUGCUCAAGAGCUCUACCUAGGUGCUUUAAGGAAGCGAGGGGUGCUACCGGACUUCAAGAAGCAGAACCAGGUGUCUCAUCUUCAUCAAGCGUCAUCUGUGAACUUGGAAAAUUUCAAGGUUGGCAGGAGCCGUGAAUCUCGUCGUCCUCCAAUUGAUAAGCUUUCAAAGCGAAAUCUGCUAAAUUUAGAGCAAUCUCGUGAGAAAAACAUAUCUCUUGAAAGACGUUGGAGCCUUGAGGUCUCAAUAGAGAAGGUGAUUGGACAUGAUACAUCAUCUAGUUUCUCUGAAUCUCUCGCAGAAGGCAGAGAAAAAGAGGUUGAGACAAACAUUCCAAUCCUUGAGCGGGAGUAUAUGCAAGGAGUUUUAAUCAGUGAGAUGGUUGUUAAUAAUUCAUUUUCUCCGAGGUCUAGAAGAGCAAAAAGGAGGCAACGAAAACUAGCAAAAGAGGUGAAGAGACCAGGUGAAGCAAUUAUUAAAGGUCACCGAAGUUAUGAUUUGAUGCUCAGUUUGCAGCUUGGUAUAAGAUAUACUGUGGGAAAGAUCACCCCCAUACAAAGACGGGAAGUUCGAGCUUCUGAUUUUGGUCCACGUGCGAGCUUCUGGAUGAGUUUUCCUAAAGAAGGGUCGCAAUUGACACCCCCUCAUCAGUCUGAUGAUUUCAAAUGGAAAGAUUAUUGUCCAAUGGUUUUCAGAAACUUAAGGGAGAUGUUCAAGAUAGAUGCUGCAGACUACAUGAUGUCCAUCUGUGGUAAUGAUGCCCUAAGGGAAUUGUCAUCUCCUGGGAAAAGUGGUAGUGUGUUUUUCCUCUCUCAAGAUGAUCGUUUCAUGAUUAAGACACUGCGGAAAUCAGAAGUAAAGGUUCUUUUGCGGAUGCUUCCUGAAUAUCAUCAUCAUGUUCGUACAUAUGACAAUACACUUAUAACCAAGUUUUUUGGUCUUCACAGGAUUAAGCCUUCUAGCGGUCAAAAGUUUAGAUUUGUUGUGAUGGGAAAUAUGUUCUGCACUGAAUUAAGGAUCCAUCGAAGGUUUGAUGUAAAAGGAUCCUCCCAAGGGCGCUCAGCGGAUAAAGUUGAAAUUGAUGAAAACACAAUUCUUAAAGAUCUCGAUUUGAAUUACAGUUUCUACUUGGAACCAUCUUGGCGGGAGGCACUAAUGAACCAGAUUAAGAUUGACAGUAAAUUCUUGGAGUCUCAGCACAUUAUGGAUUACAGUCUUUUGCUAGGAGUUCAUUACCGUGCUCCUCAGCACCUCCGCUCAAACAUCUCCGGUACUAGGAGCAUGAAUUCAGAUGGUUUGGGUGUUGUAGCAGAAGAAGAUGCUUGGGACGAUGGCAUGUUAUCUUAUCCUCAAAGCCUUGUUCUCGUUCCCCGAGGAGAUGAUAGCAGUGUUGUUGUGGGUUCUCACAUUAGAGGCAGCAGAUUGCGGGCAACUUCUGCCGCAGGGAAUGAAGAAGUGGAUUUGCUCCUUCCAGGCACAGCAAGGCUUCAAAUUCAGCUUGGAGUAAACAUGCCAGCAAGAGCAGAGCGUAGUAUAGAGGAGUCAGAAGUAACAUGUCACGAGGUUUAUGAUGUCGUCCUAUACUUGGGUAUAAUUGAUAUACUGCAGGAUUAUAACAUGAGCAAGAAGAUCGAGCACGCUUACAAAUCUCUUCAGUUCGAUUCAUUGUCCAUAUCAGCGGUUGAUCCUACAUUUUACUCCGAACGCUUCCUAGGUUUCGUUCAAAAAGUUUUCCCAUCUAACGAGGCUGGGAUGUGAAGUCAGUGCCAGUGAACAAUUUUACAUGAAGAAAGACAGAAAAGGGGGGGGGGGGGGGGGGGGGGGGGGUGUAGGUUUCUGGUCUGUUAUAGAGUUACUGCCUGUGUAUAUCUAGUGAACGUCAUUUUUUUGUGUAAAGAAAUGCGUUCAUCUUAUGGCCGGAUAUUGUUAUUUAUGUGAUCAUUUUUGUGCUUGCCCCAUAUUAACUCAAAGUAUAUAAAUAUUCAUAUUCCUUUGUGAGUUUAGUUGAGAAAUGCCCAACGAACAUAUCUCCAAAAAAUAUGGGUCCAAAAUGGUAAAAAUAGGGCUUGUAUGGUUUUAAUUGUUUACUAGAUAAGGGAAAAAAAAACUAUUUGGAUUUUGGAGAAUUUGUUCCAUGGACAACAAGAAGUAUAUUAUGUAUAAUACCUUUAUGUUGAUUAUUUGUACAA